GAUAAUCCGGCUCUACCACAAAUUGGCGACGAAGGCGGACAUUUGGUAAGGUUUUCGAAAAAUAAAAAAAAUAAAUCGAUUUUGGGGAGGAAAAUAUGUUUGUUGUUAGAUGAACGAAUGAGGUUAUGUUGACAUUGGUUUUCCUUCUUUUGAAGAUCGAUACCGCAAGAAAAGAACUUUCAGCCACCGGCGGAAUAGUUCCGAAACGCACGAUCCGGCCACUGGCGGAUAAGUCUUCUAGACCACGGGUCCCGGCCACUGGCGGGAAACCUAGAGAAUCGAAACCCGGCCACUGGCGGGAGGCUAAAAGCACACCGGACCUGGCCACUGGCGGGAGCUAAAAGCACACCGGACCCGGCCACUGGCGGGAAGCUGAAAGCACGCUGAGAUUUGGCCACCGGCACAGCGACUGAGAUUGGCGUAAACAGCUCACGGAGUGUUUUUAAGAAGCAACACGCGCCACGGGCGGACUGAGAGAUAAGCACAAUGGACAAAUGGAACAUUACCCCAUUCAACUUCAAGACCUUACCGAAGAACCAGCUGCGCGAUGCAUGGAAGCGGUACCGCCGGAAUUUCGAGUACAUGCAACUAGCGAACCAGGAAAAGAACAAGACCAGGCUGAGGAACAUUUUCCUGGCGCUGGCCGGUCCUGACGUCCAGGAAGUGUUCGAAUCGAUUCCGGGUGCCAACGUGGAAGCUCGAGAAGGAGUCGAUCCGUGUGAGGUCGCCCUUAACAAACUAGAGGAAUAUUUCGCCGCCAAGUAUCACGACGUUUUCGAGCGAAACCUGUUCUGGACGCUGAAACCGGAAGAAGAGGAACCGCUGGAAAAAUUCCUGCUGCGGGUCAUGGACUCAGCUAAAAAGUGCAAUUUUGGCGCGUCAGCCCAGGAGAGCCUGGAAAUAGGCAUCAUCGACAAGAUGAUCCUGCAAUCACCACCCGAUCUGAGAGAGAAGCUGUUGGCGCAGGAGAAGCUAACACUCGAAGGGCUGACCAGAAUAGUAAACGCGCACGGAUCCCUGAAGCACCAGAUCAGGCAGUUCGCUUCCGGCGGACGUGAAUCUGGAUCCCAGAGGGUGGACGUCAACCCAGUGAUCAACCGAGUUGAACAACGUGAGCCUCCGGUUAUCUGCUUUCGAUGCGGCAAACCUGGGCACACCGGCCACGACACCCGUUGCCCAGCGAGAAACCAAACCUGUUACAAAUGCAACAAACCCGGCCAUUUCUCGACGAAAUGCCAAACUCCAAUGAUCUCGAAGCCGCGAUACGCACCUAAGCGAAAGAGUGAAGACAACAGACAACCACAGCACUGGAAAAAACCGCGGUUUAACUCGGUGAGAGCGAUCGAACAUCACGAACCUGAUCAGUCCGCAGCAGGACCGUCUGGUCAAAGCAAUUUCAUCUACAACAUCGGGGACGGUGACGAGUUCCUGUGGGUCGUUUUGGGAGGAGUUCCGGUGCAGAUGUUGAUUGACUCGGGCUCGCAGAAGAACAUCGUAGACGACACGACGUGGGACAGCUUGAAGCGCCAAGGAAUCGAAGUGAAAAACGUACGGAACGGCUCCGAUCAAACGUUCCGGCCGUAUGGCAAACAGGCUAGUCCUCUGAAGGUUCUAGGAAUGUUUGACUGCACCAUCUCGAUCAAGGAGGACUCGAGGCAGGUCGAGGAGUUUGCCACUUUCUACGUCGUGAAAGGAGGUUCGCAGCCGCUGCUGGGAAAGACCACUGCCCAGACCAUGGGGGUACUGGUACUGGGACUCCCAAGCACGAACUCGGUCGAAGUGAACAAGCUGUGGAAGGAGGAGAGACACGUUUUUCCUAAAAUGAAGGGAAUCAAACUGAAGAUCGCGAUUGACGAGUCCGUGGUACCUGUCAGCCAGCAUGCACGUCGACCUCCGCUUGCUUUGAUGGACAAGGUUGAGGCAAAACUAAAGGAUUUGGAAAGAAACGACAUCAUCGAGAAGGUAAGUCUCAGAAAAAGGGGAAACGCCUCCAGAAAAGAAAAAGGUCAAAUUGUUAUCCUUAAUCCAGGUCACCGCGUACAGCCAAUGGGUCUCACCGCUCGUAGUCGUCGUUAAAGACAACGGAGAGCCCAGGCUAUGCGUGGACAUGCGCUUGGCAAACCGGGCCAUCAAAAGGGAAGCGUACAUGAUGCCAACCUUCGAGGACUUUCUACCUCGGUUGACCGAA